GGCGCGCAAUUGAUAGGUAUUCUAAGCGCAAAAGGCAGAGCUUUUCACUUUCAACAAAGUAGGCCUACGGCUAAUUAGGCUUAGAAACACAGUCCCUAACGAUAAGGCCGAAAAACAUGACACAGAUGGCAGAAAUGCCGAGAUAAGUUGCCUUAACACUGUCCAGACUUAGAGUGCAAGAACCUCCAAUAUCUAUCCACUAGGCCUAUUCACCACUCAGCAACGCACCAAGGCUGGAUGUGGAAUGUAGACUUGCUCAGGGAUAGGCCAUGGAAGGCAAUAACAGACACUGACGACCUGCUAAUCAUUUACAGAGAAUUCAACUGUCACAUCCGGACGACCACGUUAAUGGUGAGUUCCUACCUGUUCGUGCUUCAAGAUUUUACUACCCAUGGAAUAAGGGAAGUUAACAGCAACAUAUAACUCACCAAGACAGAGUAACGAAUUGGACUUUUUGGAGGUCUUUGCGUGGAUACAAACUGUUUGACUCUACAUUUACCUUUCUACCUUUGGUUUAACUUGCCGUGGGUGGAUUGGGUGACUCUGGAUUUGGUGCGGCAAACUUGGGUUCAGACCGGCGCGAAUAUUUAUGUGGAGAUAAUCUUUCCUGUUUUGACUGUUAAUCGGAUAUAUAAACCAUUUCUACCGGACCAUGAGGCCCGGAGUGCUGCUUGCUGGAUGUGUCGUGCUGUUGGCUCAGGGUGUGUGUGUGAGGUGCAAUGUAGUGGAGGUGGAGGCGGAGGAGUGCACCCCCAAACCCCUGGCCCAGGACUACACCUUCAGGGUGGCCCAGAGGACGCUGCAGAAGGACCAGGUGCUGGGCAAAGUUCAUGUGUCUGGCUGUGAGCAGGGCAAAGCGUUGCGUCUGAACUCUACUGACGGAAGGCUGGUAGUGGAGGGAGACGGAACGCUGAGGGUCCGGAACCCUCUGAGACUGCCGUCACGGCGCCACACGCACUCGCUAUUCACCUCUGGGUCGGGGGCGGAGCAACGCUCUGUGCAAAUCUCACUGCACUAUGAGCCUCUCAGCCCUCAACAGGUGGAUGGUGUGCCUCCCCCAGUCCUCUAUUUUCCACAUUCCUCUGCGGGGCUCCACAGGCGGAAGCGGGAGUGGACCAUCCCCCCCAUCAGCCACUCUGAGAACGACAGAGGGCCGUUUCCUCACAGGCUUGUGCAGAUCCAAUCCACCCUGCAGAAGGAGACGGAGAUCAGAUACAGCAUCACGGGUCCGGGCGCAAGUGAACACCCUGUUGGCACCUUCCGAAUUCACCCUUCCAACGGCUGGAUCGAGGUCACCCAGCCUCUGGACAGGGAAACCAUAGCCGAGUAUAGGCUGGUAGCCCAUGCGGACGUGGUCGCAUCGUCGAGGCCUGAAGACUCUGAGACCCCUGUUGACAUCAUCAUCAAAGUGAUCGACCAGAACGACAACACACCUGAGUUCAGCCAGGCUGUCUACGAGGGCUCCGUCCCAGAGGCUGCAGGAAGCGGGACUGAGUUCAUGCGGGUAACGGCGACUGAUGCGGACGAGCCCAACACAGACAACUCGGACAUGAGGUACAGCAUCGUCUCCCAGGAGCCCACGCUGCCCCAAGGCGGCCUCUUCACAAUCAACCCCGUCACCGGGGGACUCAGUGUGGCCGUCGACGACAAACUGGACCGAGAGACCGUGCCCAGCUACAAGCUGGUGAUCCAGGUGGCGGACAUGCAAGGGAAGGGCCGACCAGUCUCCUGCACCGUCCAAGUCACCGUGACCGACAGCAACGACAACGCUCCCAAGUUUAGGCAGGACACGUACACUGCCCAAGUGCCAGAGAACAGUCUGGAUGCGGAGGUGGUGCGCGUGAUGGUGGAUGAUGCUGAUGAACCUCACACCCCCAACUGGGACACCAUCUUCUCCAUCCUCCGCGGCAACGAAGCCGGCUUCUUCAGCAUCAGCACCGGCGAAAGCAAAGACGAGGGCAUCAUCACCACCGCCCAGCCUCUGGACUUUGAGCAGACGCGGCGUUUCACGCUGAUCAUCGCGGCCCAGAACGAGGUCCCCUUUGAGCCCUCUGUCAUCACCUCCACUGCCACGGUCAUCAUCGACGUCCAGGACGUGAACGAGGCGCCCUACUUCACGCCGGAACAGAAGCUGGUGGUGAAGUCAGAGGACCUGCCGGUGGGCAGCGAGAUCGUGUCCUACACGGCAGUAGACCCCGACGUGGAGAUGAAUCAGGCCAUACUAUAUCGUGUGGGCCAGGAUCAGGGCGGCUGGCUGGCCAUUGACCCGGCUACUGGUCUCAUCUCCGUGAAGAGUCCCAUGGACCGGGAGUCACCAUUCAUGUUCAACAGACAGUACAAAGCCACCAUCUAUGCCAUCGACCAAUCACCAGACAGCCAUCACAUCCCAGCAACAGGCACCGGCACUCUGCUCAUCGAGCUGGAGGACGUGAACGACAAUGCCCCGAGUGUCCAGGAGAGGGAGCUCAUCAUGUGCAACCAGAAGCCUGUGGCUGCCCAUCUCACUGUGCAUGAUCCUGACGGUCCAGGCUUCUCCAACCCCUUCAGGGUGGAGCUAAACAGCAGCCUACGCAGCUAUUGGAGCGCCAAGAUGAAUGACAACCGGACUGGCAUCGUUCUCAAUAUGCGAACCGCCCUGAGCAAAGGCGAGUAUGACGUCAUCAUGACCGUCUGGGACAACCAAGGCCUGGGCCAGGUCAACACUUUGCAGGUGGAGGUGUGCGACUGCACAGGAAACGACAAGAACUGCAUGGAUAUCAGAGUAGGAAGCUUUGGCCUGCCGGAAACUAUGGGAAUUUUGGGUGCCGUCCUGUUUUUACUAUUGUUGUUGCUGAUACUGCUCCUGCUGGUGAGGAGGAAGAGGAGCAGCGCGAAGAAGGGAAUCCUGGUGGAGGACGAGGACGACGUCAGAGAUCAGCUGUUCUACUACGACGAGGAGGGCGGAGGAGAGGACGACAGGGAGUUUGACCUGAGCCAGCUUCACCGUGGUCUGGACAACAGGCCUGAGGUUUACAGGGAGAACGUGGCUCCGACCCUGACCUGCGCAGCCCCCAUGUACCGCCCCCGCCCCACCAACCCCGACGACAUCGGCAACUUCAUCAUUGACCUCAUUGGGUGCUAG